GGAGAGUGCGUUCGAUAUGUUUGUUGAGGCGGAAGGGUGGUUGCGAUGUAGAUAAAUAUGAUUAUGGCAUAUUUUGAACGUAAGGGUUGCGUACAGCGAAACCUCUAUUUAAACUGUGUAUCAUUUUAAGAACGUUUUCAAAGGAUAUCGCAUGGUUCGGUGUCAAGUGCUUUUAAUCGGAGGAGACAUUGGCCAGCGUCGGACGUGUAAAUGGAACAUUUUGUUUUACUGCACCGUAAUUUUUAGGGAGUUAUUAUAACUCCAAAAAUGGAGUAAAAAUUUUAGGUACAGGAUAACCCCUUUUUUGGGGUUAUUUUAACUCCUAAUUUAACUCCGAAUUUGGGGUCAUUUUUACUCCUGAAAAAGAGUUCUUUUUACUCCCAGUCUUGGAGUUAAAAUUACUCCGAAAUGGGGUUACUUGUACUCCUUACAGGGGUUGUUUUUACUCUUUUUGGAGUUAAUUUAACUCUGAAAGUGGAGUAAAAAUUUUAGGUACAGGAUAACUCCUUUUUUGGGGUUAUUUUAACUCCUCAAUAUCUGGGGUCACUUUUACUCCUGAAAAAGAGUUCUUUAAACUCCUUUUUGGAGUUAAAACAACUCCACGAAAAAUAACUCCACUGUAAGGAGUUAAAUUAGCCCCACUAGAGGAGUUAUUAUAACUCCCUGAAAAUUACAGUGUGGCGCGAGUUACAGGGCGCAGUUUCUCAAAGCCGAUUAGUUCUUAACCCGGGAUUCUUUUUCUUUCUUCAAAAACAUUUCUUUGGAUAAUUUUCUCUGUUAUUUUUAACAGCAUCCAAUCAUCAACUUGUUGACAAAAUGAAUUACAUUGAAUUUACUGGUUUAAAAGCUUUCACAUCUGAAUUCAAACUUCCCACCAACCCUAUCAAAGCCUUCAAUGGAACCUGUGUGCGGCUCACGUCAAUAACUUUUACAGCAAUUUGGUCGAGCGUGUUGAUUUCAGUGAUUCGAGAGUGGCGCUACUCUGGGCUGAUUUAUAAGUUUUUCAUAAUAAAUAACAUAGAGUUAAAGUGUUCGUUUGUCCGGUGCCGAAAAUAUCACAAGUCAUGGUCAAAUGGCGCCGCCGAGCUUCACAUCUCGGUAGAUUUACUUUGUGGCACAACGGCUGCCGAGCUACACAACUCGUAAAUUUACUUUGUGACAAAACGGCCGCCGAGCUACACAACUCGGUAAAUUUACUUUGUGGCAUAACGGCAGCCGAACUAAGCCCGGUUUGAUGCAUGCAUCAUGCCAGUAGUCGCAGACAUUUUCCAAAGACAGUGACGAACCAUGCCGAAAAAUAUGAACGCUUAAUCCAAAGUAAAAUUUAACAGCAAACUCCUGAAAGAUGAACGCUUUGGACGAUUCAGCAAUCACAGAUCGAUGUACGCUUUACGAAGAUUCAGCAAACUUUUUAAAAGAUGAACGCUUUACGAAGAAUAUCAGACCUUAGCAAACCUUUGAAAGAUGAACGCCGAGGACACAAGAAUCACCACAUGAGUUAGCGCGUAAAAGUGAGUCAAAUGUGUGUCGACGACGACGACGAACGAAAAUGAAAUCUCAAAAAAACCUCCCUUAUUAAUUGCACAGGUCCCCAAUAAUGCACAGAACACCCAACACAAAUUAGGGGUUGCGUUCUCGUACCUUGAACGCAAUUAAAUAAAGACAAAACUGAACUUCUUGUGAUAUCAUCUUUACACCGUGCUCGACCUCCUUUGUCACAUAUUAAUGUUUGUGAUGAGAGAAUGCUGGCUUCCCCAAGAGCGGGUAACAUUGGAGUUCUCUUCGACGAAUCUUUGAGUAUGGUUCCUCAGGUGACAGCAAUGUGGAAAUCGGCAUUCUAUCAUAUCCGUAAAAUUAGGCUCAUUCGUAAACACGUCACCUUUGAUGCAGCCCAGCUUCUUGUUCAAGCUCUUGUUACAUCAAAGCUCGACUAUUGUAAUUCGUUAAUAAAUGGUUUACCUAAGAACGUAAUUAAACAGCUCCAACGUGUGCACAAGAAUGCAGCUGUUCGUGUUGUUACUCUUUAGCCCAAGUUCUGUCAUAUUACACCUGUUCUUACGAAUCUCCACUGGCUCCCGAUUGAUCUUCGUUUUGAAUUUAAAAUAAUUACUGUUACUUUCAAGACUCUCCAUGGAUUUGCUCGUGCUUAUAUUAAAGAUCUUCUUCAAAGCUACCACCCAGCACUGGAUCUUUGGUCUUCAAUGAAAAAUCUUCUAGCCGUGCCUGCCUUUAACAUAAAGAGUUAUGGCCGUCGUGCUUUUUCUGUUGCUGCGCCGCUUCUUUGGAACAGUCUUCCUCAGCAUAAAAGCUAUAGGGAUGCUGGAUCACUGGACAUUUUUAAAAGACGGUUGAAAACUGUUGUUUUUAGACGCUCUUUUUUUUAAUUGAUGACUUGACUGUGGUGUUUUUAUAUCUUAAAUUAUUUUAUUUUUAGUUUUUGUAGUUUUUAAUUGUGGUUUUUAAAUUUUAACUUUUACCGUAGUUUUAAAUUUUUUAAACUUGUAAUAUAUGAAUAGCGCCUUUGGACCCUGGGAAAGGGCACUUUAUAAAUGUCUCAUUAUUAUUAUUAUUAUUUUAGGUCUAGAUUUUUGAUAGUUCUUUUUUCCUAGUACAAUGCUUAAUAUUCCUUUUCCCACUUUUAAAUUAUUCACAAUUGUAAAUAAUUUUCUAUCGUAGACAUAUAUUUAGGUUUUAAUUUGUAAACAAUACGAUAUAGUUUGAAACUGUAAAUGUUUCUUAUUGUUCUGAUACUUAAAUAAGGAUGAGUGUUUAUUAUUAUUAUUAUUAUUAUUAUUAUUGUAUUAAGAUUGCGUGUAAAGGAGGGUUACUUUUUUAGCCCACCUAAGCGGGUUACCUCACCUACCUGGGGUCCCCCAACUCCAUGUAAACAGGCCCUAAGUGUAAACUAUCCUUCAGAUUAUGCACCACAAUAUCUGAUACUCAGUAACCUAUACUCUAAGUUGAGCUUAUACUUUUUGUUUCCGAAAAGACCCGAGAAGGUUUAUAAAGUAAUUUGACAUUUCCCUCUAUGAAUAACCAAUCAUAAUUUUUUAGUCUACACAAACUGCAUGCCCUAAUGCGGCUAAAUGUGCCCAAGACGUAAACUACAGCAAAGUCACGAGUCUGUCGUGUCAUUAACAUAUUCGAAAAAUCUUAUACGUUCUUUCUUUUCGGAGAGAAUGAACACUGAACAUAGGCGCAAAUCACACGCCAUGUUUGAACCAUUUUCAGACAUUUCAUUCACGCUUCAUUCAGACAGUCCGCGAAACGAAUAAAAAGCUACAUUAAAGCUUGCAAAAUUAUGACUUCUUACAAUCAAACCAUGAAUGAAACUUCAAUGAAAGAUGUACAACAACAUGUAUGUCUGAGAGUGGCUGAAAUGUCUCCGUAAACUAUCAUAUGGUUUCUUUGUAUUCUGUGUUUGCAUGGAUGGUGUUUGUUUGUUCGUUUGUCUUUUAGCCGGCCUUCUGCUUUUAAAAUAGAUGAAAGAGCCUCGAAGCAAGAUUUUUGCUAAUUAUCGUUACUUUUUUCUGGCAACCACUGCAAAUGGGUAUUCUCUAAAACCUUUCUCUGUCCAUUUGCAACCAGAAAAUUAAUUUAAGCUUGUAUAUAUUAGACGCGAGGCCAUUGAAAUCGUCAGUCUCUGUCUCAACUCUCUAAUACUGCAAGUUAUGAUCAUGACACGAAAUGAAUACGCCUGACUUGACAAAACUAAAACGAGACAAAAACGGUUAGUAGUAAUUACUCAGGCUCACCUUGUCUUUAGCUCCUGAAAGCGAUUAAGUGAGGUAAAAACGGGACUUUCCUGUACUCUGCUGUAAAAUCAUGCAUGUUCAACUUUCACUUUCGUUGAAAUCCGGCUGCGAAGCGUUUCUCAAGCCAAACUAAAUAAACAAAACAGCUUCGAAUAACAGAAGAAUCUCUCUUGGUACCAGCUGUAUUUCAUUUUGUGGCGGCCGGUGGAAGAACAUGAAGACCAAAACUUUGAAAUGUUAAAAAGAUUUUUCCCGUAGUCCGCCGUAAAAUACACAUGAACUAUUACAAACGCAACCAUCGGUAAAUCUUUUUGCGACACACUUUGCUCGACGAAACCCAAAUGUUAAACAAUUCAGUUUUUUGAAAAACCGAAAUAGAAACUCGACAGCAGUUGUAUUCCAUUUUGUGGCGGUAGGACAUGAACACGAUAAUUUUAAAAGUUUUGACUGGAAAUGGUAAUUCUGUAAGUCUGUCGGCAAACAAAUUUCUAGAUGUUGCAUAAGUUUUCAUUCGUGAAUCAACCUGUGAAAAUUUUGUCCCAAGCAGGCAGUGUUCCUGGAGUGUUACCAAAAGCAUGACCAGGCAUAAAGCAAUAUAUAAUAGCUUUAGAAAUUGAUUUGCGAAGAUGUUGUCGUAAGUCGGACACAAGAAACUUCAAUCUAGAUUUUUACUCGUUUUUACUCGUGCAAAUCCGUUGUUGCCUCUAAAAUGGUUAAUUUUGCGCCAAACCGAAACGCAACGAACAUGUCUGGGACUCCCUUCCCUACCCUACUGAGUUUUUUUUACCCCUACUCCCAGAGUCUGUACGGACGGUCGUUCGGACGUACGCUGAAGUCAUAACCGAAUUUUCUGGCAUCGAUAGGUUUCCAUUUUCUAUCCCUCCCCAUGAUGGCUAUGGGGCUCCGCUAUAACGUUUAUUUCCUUUCAUCCUUUUCUUUAUUACAUUUCAGUUCAAUCUUUUCAAUUUAUGUUGAUGAAUUUUACGUUAUUUUUCUUUAAUUCACUUUAUUUUAUUUUAACUAACCCAUUUCAUUCCAUUCCACUUCAUUUUAGGUAACAAAACUGAGUGCGUUGAACACGUGGCAAUAGAUGAUGAUUCACGACAUAUUGGCUACUACGAUUCCGACGACUACAAGUGUGACCACUAUCUGACUGAAGGCUGGUACAGGUUUGUGACCCGAAGACGUAUGAACACAAACUGUAACAGAGGCCAGUACUCGUGCAACACGUAUUACGUUGGGUGGUUGAAUGGAAACCAUCCGUCCGUUGAGGAGGGGAUUGUAACUCGGCAAGUGUGUUUUGGCUAUAGUACCUGUAGUUGUAGCUAUAGUAUAUAUAUUAAGGUACUCAACUGUGGAUCCUUUUAUGUCUACAGACUGAAACCUGCACCAACCUGUAAUGCUCGUUAUUGUACGGAAUAA